AUGUCUACGGUGGGCCCAGUCACACCUGGAUCAUCCAUAUCUCUCAAGAUUAAACCCUCUCAACCCGGUAUUCCUCUCUUUGGCUGUGUGCACAUUCAGCGUCUCUUGACAAAAGACACGAACCCAGGUGAGGGACAUUUGAAAAAGUACAAGGACUGCUUGCGCUGUAUUACGGAUGGCGACCCAGUGUUAUCACAAACUUCACAGACUUCAAAAGGGCAACCUCUGAUAACUUUAACACCAAAUUAUUUAUGCAUUCAAUGUAAUGCCACUUUAACUGAAAAGGGCCGUAAACGUCAUAGUGAUGACACUUCUCACCGUUACUUUGUUGAAUCUCGGACUGGUACAGUCUUCUGUCAACUAUGCAAUGACUUCAUUUGGGACCCGACUCUCGAAGAGAUGAGGAUCCUCAAGUUCGGGACUGGCAUGUUUCAAGGGGCGCGAAAGCGUAAGCAUGAAGAUAUCUUUACAGAACUACCCAAGGAAAGUCUGAGCACAGUAUUAGCCAACACUGUCGAGGCGUCUUGUCGUGUGAGUGGUAUUCGUGGUAUUUACAACAUGGGAUCAACCUGCUAUAUCAACGUAAUUUUACAAUGUAUUGUCAACAAUCCAUUACUCCGGAAUUGGUAUCUUGGUUGCAAUCAUCAGUCUUCAGAAUGUUCCGUCAAAGCCUGCAUGAGCUGUUCUAUGGACAUAAUGUUCCAAGAAUUUUAUUCACAAGAAUCAACGGGGGGAUUCUGUGCUGCUCAGGUACUGGCAUGUUUUUGGCUAUCAAAAAGAAAAGCUUACGAAGAACUAGCGUCCAACAAUGAACAGGACGCGCACGAAUUUCUCACAUUUCUUGCCGAAGAAUUACAUGAGAUAAAUAGCGGUUCCAGACAGCCUGGCGGAUCUCUUUUAACCCCCAAAAAACCGAAAAAUAGCCGUGAUGGUAGCUGUACAUGUAUCAUUCAUCAAACUUUCUAUGGAAAGUCACAGAGUGUUAUCACUUGUCAAAAGUGCCAUCGAAAUAAAACCUCGGUCCAGGCUUUCAUGGAUUUAAGCCUAGCAAUUGAUGAUUUACCUAAAUAUGGUACUAAAGGACCAGCCUCAACCCUGCAAAGGAGACUAGAAGAAGAAUUCAAGAAACCAGAAGUCUGUGAAUAUAAUUGCGAGUGUGGAUCGACCAAGGCACGGAAAGUCACCAGCAUAAAAAGUCUCCCAAAUGUGUUAUGCAUACAGUUCAAGCGGUUCAAGCAGACAAAUAAUGGUGCUUUAAAACUUUCAACAAAUGUUUCGUUUCCGUUAAAAUUAGAAAUGCUGCCUUACACCAACAGGUCACAAGAAAAAGCUACAAGAAAUUCUCCUCUGGCACUAGGAUGUACAUAUGAAUUGCAAAGUGUAGUAGUUCAUGUUGGCGAGUUAAAAAAAGGACAUUAUGUUUCAUACUCUCGAGUCGGAAAUCAGUGGUUCAAGUUCAAUGAUCAUAAAGUCACUCUGGCAAUGAAAUCUGAGGUUCUUAGCGCAGAAGCAUACAUGUUAUUUUACGUUAUUCAUUCACUUGCAUGA